AUGGCUGCGCCCGCAGCUGUACAGCCACGCCUGCCGCAUGCCGCCGCGGCCCUCCUGCUCCUGCUCACCGCUCUCGCCACCACCCUCGCCUGCCAACAGCUCUGGACACACGACGACACCUUCCCCGGCAACGAACUCCGCCUCCUCCAGGACAUGGCUCUCAGCCGCACGCAGCCCUGCCACCUCCAAGAGCCGCCCUUCUUCCCUGACACCCUCCUCCACAACAACCUCCACCCGCACCAAGCCGCCGCCGCCGCCCUACGCAUCCUCCAGCAGCUCUUCCACACCCUCAGCAACAACAGCACCCGCCAGCACUGGCCCACCCAGGCUCGCAAAGACCUCCUCAACAAACUCCAGCACCACAUCCACCACCUCGAGCAAUGCCUCCCCGACAGUGCCACGCUCUUCAAAGGACCACGCAACCCGCGGCUCACCAUCAACAAGUACUUCAGGGACAUCCACCGCUUCCUCCACGCCCACAACCACAGCGCCUGCGCCUGGGACCACGUCCGCCUCGAAGCUCGCGCCUCUUUACAGCACCUGCACAACCUCACACGCACCAUGCGCCGCUAGAACUGACUCCCGCACACCCACACCCACACCACGCUCCCACACCUACUGCACAAACUCUCCCUGAACCUCGCCGUCCCCUAGUCUGGGACAACGGAGACGGGUGCAACAACCGCAUGGCACCUGCGCCUACAACCACUGCGCCUCCACUGGUACAGGCUUUGCCAUUGAUUUGGACAAAGGAUUACUCUACUUAUUUAUAUACUUAUUUAUUUACGUAUUUAUUUAUUUAUUUGCUUAUUUAUGCCACAGAAAAUAAAGACCUAUGACAAAACACUGCCAUUGCCUCGUAUUGCACUACUACUGCAACCUGCCCCUUUUCCAGGGGAAGGUCACCUCUAGUCAACAUCUACUCCAAGCCCAGCUCCAAAGAGGGCUUUGCAUAUCCCCUGCUCACGCUUCUCACUGGCAGCUGCCGAAGGAAGCUCUGGCAUCAACCUCUGGAGAAACAUCACUCGGUGUUAGGUAUCAUCAUCACAAUUACAUCUUGGGUCCUUUUUUUCCUCAGUAGUUUCCACCCCCCUUCCUGAUUAUCAUAUGUGAAUGCCUCAUGACGAGGAAGGCACAGGCCUAUUGAAGACAGGUGACAGAUCUUCUUCAGCCUCGAGAAGAGAAGGCUGCAGAACGACCUUACUACAGCCUUUCAACACCUCA